AUGGAAAAAUAUGAAAAAUUAGCUAAGAUUGGAGAAGGAUCUUACGGGGUUGUAUUCAAAUGCAGAAACAAAACCUCUGGACAAAUAGUUGCUAUUAAAAAAUUUGUGGAAUCUGAAGAUGAUCCUGUUGUUAAGAAAAUAGCACUAAGAGAAAUCCGUAUGUUGAAGCAAUUAAAACACCCAAACCUUGUGAACCUCAUUGAGGUGUUCAGGAGAAAAAGGAAAAUGCAUUUAGUUUUCGAAUACUGUGAUCAUACACUUUUAAAUGAACUGGAAAGAAACCCAGAUGGAGUUGCUGAUGGAAUGAUCAAAAGUGUAUUAUGGCAAACACUUCAAGCUCUUAAUUUCUGUCAUAAACAUAACGACCCCAACCCAGUUCCAGGAGAUGCCUACACCGAUUAUGUUGCGACAAGAUGGUACCGAGCUCCCGAGCUUCUCGUGGGAGACACUCAGUAUGGCUCUUCCAUCGACAUAUGGGCCACCGGUUGCGUUUUUGCAGAGCUCCUGACAGGCCAACCACUCUGGCCUGGGAAAUCAGAUGUGGACCAACUUUACCUGAUAAUCAGAACACUGGGAAAACUAAUCCCAAGACAUCAAACUAUCUUUAAAAGUAACCAGUUUUUCCAUGGCAUCAGUAUCCCUGAACCAGAAGACAUGGAAACUCUUGAGGAAAAGUUCUCAGAUGCUUCUCCAGUGGCUUUGAGUUUCAUGAAGGGGUGUCUGAAGAUGAAUCCAGAUGACAGAUUGACCUGUGCCCAGCUCCUGGAGAGCUCCUACUUUGAUUCUUUUCAAGAGGACCAAAUUAAAAGAAAAGCACGUAACGAGGGAAGAAAUAGAAGGCGUCAGCAGAACCAACUGUUGCCUCUCAUACCAGGAAGCCACAUCUCCCCCACACCUGAUGGAAGAAAACAAGUCCUCCAGUUAAAAUUUGAUCAUCUCCCAAACAUUUAG